AUGUCUUCAGGAUACGGUCUGAAUGGAGGUCCGGGCCGUUGCUUUCCGUUCUGGCAGGAGGUGCUCGCCUGCUACGUCGUGAACGUGAACUCGGAAGAUGAUUCGGGCAAGAAGAAGUGUGUCCCGGUGCUGGAGGACUACUACGAGUGCAUGCAUCACAAGAAAGAGGCUGCCCGGGCGAUGGCGUUACAAACAGCAUACAGGAAAGCCGAGUUAAACCAAGGACGCGAGAAUGUACCGACAGCGGGACAAAUACGGAAUUUAGGACUACUAGGCAAGGAGGACGAUACCAAGAAGGUGCUGGCGUCCAGCUCAUAG